AUGAAGUUUCUCGGAACGGCUGCCCUCACCUGCGCGCUCCUGAGCUCGGCGGCACGGGCUGCACCCUACACGGAGGCGCUCAUCAGUUUACACAAAACGCUCGUCGAGGCCGACUCGACCACCAAGUCGGAAGCCCUCGGGACGCAGGCGCUCAAGACCUAUCUCGAAGCCAACUUCACCGUCGAGCUCCAGACCGUCGAAGGAGACAGACAGAACGUCUACGCGUACCCCGGCAACGGCCGCAAGGCGCGCGUGCUCCUCACAUCGCACAUCGACACGGUGCCGCCGUACAUCCCGUACUCCCGCGACGGCGACGAGAUCUGGGGUCGCGGCACGUCGGACGCGAAAGGGAGCGCCGCUGCGCAGAUCACGGCGGUCGGGUCCCUCCUCGAGAGCGGCGACAUCGCCGAGGGCGACGUUUCCCUGCUCUUCGUCGUCGGCGAAGAGUCCGGGGGCGACGGCAUGAAGGCGGCGAACAGCCUGAACCUCACCUGGGAAUCCGUCGUCUUCGGCGAGCCGACGGAGAACAGCCUCGUGCGGGCGCACAAGGGCGUGCUGGGGUUCAACAUCACCGCCGACGGGGUCGCUGGACAUUCGGGGUACCCCGAGUACGGGCGGAGCGCCAUCGACCUCCUCGUCCGCGCUCUGGACAAGCUGCAGGAGACCGCGCUGCCUUGGACCGAGGAGUUUGGGAACACGACGCUGAACGUGGGGUUGAUCGCGGGCGGCAUUGCAGCGAACGUCAUCGCCGAGAGUGCCUAUGGGAGGGCCUCCAUUCGCGCAGCGACCGAGGAUCUGGAGGGAAUCAAGGACAUCCUCAACAAGGCCGUGUCCGAAGUCACGCCUGAGCAUGUCGAACUGACCUUCACCGGCCAAGGAUUGCCCAUCAGCCUGGACUACGACGUCGAAGGGUUCAACACGACCGUGGUCAACUACUACACUGAUGUCCCCCAUCUGAACGGCACGCACAAGCGCUAUUUGUACGGGCCGGGGACCAUUCUUGUCGCCCACUCGGCGGAGGAGCGGAUCACUGUCUCGGACUUGGAGCUUGCGGUCGAGGGCUACAAGAGGCUGAUCCUGGAGUCGUUGAAGCGAUGA